UAUGUCUCGCCACAUCAUAUGUGGCGUUUAACACAAAAUAGAAAAAUAAAAAUAUUAAACUUGACGACUAUGUUUUCCAACAUAGCUUCCGUUUGUUUUAAACGGGGCUCCAGAAAUAAUACAUAGAUGCAUUUUAUGAACAGGUGAAACGGGUCCAGCAUGUUAGCCCUCAAGACACGGGGCUCGAAGCUCACAAAGUAACAAAAGACACGGCAACAAUUUCAAGACUCGAGAUAAAAGUGACAAAAGAAACUUGAAAAAUGAGGCGGAAAAUUAUCAUAAAAGCCUGUCAUCCUACGAAAACAGAAAAAAAUAGUAGGCCUAUGAUUAUCGGCGAGAAGUGCCGUUGUAAAAACUGCCCCGUUCAUGCCAAACGAAUUCCUAAGAAGAUAAGCUUUCGGAUCGUUAGAGAUACCAUUGUACCAGAGCCACCGACGCAUCCGUACAAAGAUUGGGUCCCGGACGCUUGUUGCUGCAAGGGGACCGGCGGCUGCUACGGUAAAAAACCCGAAGCCGAGACCAAGGAAAAGGCCAAGCACGAGACGGACGAUGAUUCUUCGGAUUUCGAGUCAGAUUCUUCCGAAGACGAUGACGGCCUUUUCCCGUUUAACGUGAUUUCAAAGACAGAGUAUAACAAUUGGAUAGCAUCUUUGAAUUCGGCAAAUGGAGUGCUCUGCCAGUGGCCCAAAUACUGCCAGGCGUCCUGCUUCGACCACCCGCAGUCUUUAAGGGGGAUCAAACCGCUCGACCACAGCUACAAACCGCCGAUGGCUGUCUUAGAUCAAGAUCCCCUUGUUAAGAAAAAAGUCAAGAGGGAAUGCAGGCCAUGUUGACUUGAACGAGUCGCCUUAAAAGAUCACAUGCCACUUAAACAAUUCUGAUUUCGCCGGGUUAGAUUUAAAAUAACGGAAGCCAUAUUUUUCAAAG